AUGCCCUGUAACGCCACCAAGAAUUAUGGACAAAUCAGCCUUAUUUCGAGAAAAUGCAUUGCCUGUCGAAAAAAGUCUACACUAACCGUGGUUCCCCGCAAUGGUUUUGACUUGCAGGACGACCCAAAUUCCACAUUGGAAUCUUGUUCCCCUGAGAAUAGACCUUGGCCGGGGCCAAAGUGUGACCGCUGCGAAAACUAUGGAUAUGAAUGCUCUGAGAAUAUGAUGGCCCGGCGGUCAUCACAAAAAGACAUCGACCCGGCACGAGCGGCAGGUCGUUUGCUAGAAAGCAUGCCACAUGGAAAAUUCUAUUACCAGCCCACCGUGGCUCAAGCGUUGGCAAUGCAGCAACGACCGCAGGCACCAAUUACUCUUUCGAAGCAGACAUAUUCCCCGUCUCCGUGGGUGGGAUUGUUCGAGUACCUAAGGAACAUCGAUUGGCUCAAUACCAAGUGUUUCCGGAUUGGGUCUGACCCAUUCACCGCCAUGUUCCGAUCCCCUAGCUGCCUGGUACCGGAUAUUUCAGAUACUCCACUUGGAAGGCGGCAGAUGUAUCUCGAGAUUUUCUCACAGCAUCAGAGGUUGAUGCAAAAUGCGUCCUUGUCAACGGACAGCAUCCCCGGAUUGCGUUGGGCGUAUAGUUUUGAAGAACUGUCAGGAAUAUGUGCCAGCCACAUUCGCUACGGCUCAUAUUGGCAAGUCCUUAGAACUUCACUCCAAACGGACGAGAUUUUGUUGAUCGAUCCAAAUUAUUCUUUUGAUACCGAAUUCCCCCAAAAUCACAUUCGACAGUGCAAAACAAAAUCUGGCUUUCCCCAAGAUCUGGGCCUUCGACAGUUUUGUCAGAAACUCUCCGGUCUUAGCCAGAUGAUUUCAGACCUAGCGCGAACAGAUCCUAACUCUGAAGAGCGUGCAUUUUUAGCGGUGAAGAUUCCAGACAGACUCGAGGAAGUAUUGGGCCCUCGAUUAUCUCUAUACUCGGGGCUAGGGCGGGUGUGCGCCUCGUCAAUUUUCCCGAUGGAUAUCCUAGCGAGUUCGCCCAUGGCGACGACCGAUGCGGAUGUAUAUUCACAAAGCGAUUCGGCAGGAGCCGACUCAGAUGACGGAUGCCCGCUAGGAGAUAGGGCUUACCAAGCCAUUCUCGGGAGUGACUAUUUUAGUGAAAAUGCCAUUUGGGGUCCGUGA